AUGCUCAACUGGUUCAGGAAAGCCGGGGCGGCCGACCAUGAUGAUGGCGGCGGCGACGACGCCGACCACCCCGUCCAGUCAUUCGCGGUCAUUUCGCGCAUGAACGAGUUCGAGAGCAAGGAACCCUUCAACUAUGUGCAUUACCCGGCCUCCGAGUAUGAACCACUGGUCAUCACCGACGAGGAGAGGGACUUGUACUUGGCCUUUAUGAGCUCCCUCGACACCGUUCCAAGUCUGCCCCUGUGGUCGGAUUCACCACCAGAGAUUCCAGACGUGCAGGUUGGCGCCCAGCCCAUUACCCCGCCCGACGUACCGUACCCCAGGAGCCCCCUCCUCCCGGCCAAGCACCUCGUCUCGCUCAACCCCAGCCGUUAUGCUCUUGUGUCACUCGUCAGUGAUGCCGGCGUGAGGUUGUGUGGAUUCCCAGCGGCCGCCGUCCGCGCCGCCGAUGAGGCUCUGGCCAGUUGGCACCUUGGCGUCGUCGCCCGCAGCUGCGACCCAACACAGCUCGUCGACUCGAACACACCAAUCGUGUACCGCAUCGCCCUGCGUGGCAAGGCGUGGCAGAAGAAGGGCAACCAGGAGCUAGAGUCAAUCCGUCUCAUUCUCACCCUUCUCACCGCUCUCGGUAGACAUGGAUGGUCAAUGGCUGGUGACAUUGCGGCGAUGAGCAAGGUUGACGCACACAACCUCCUGUUUGCUGCCAAGCCCGACCCUCCACCCGCACCGCUGUUUUUUGCAGUGACCAUGCCUUUGCCUGACCGCAUCUCUCUCGUGUCCCCUCCCAAGCCUGCCUCUGCGGCUAUCAUCAGUGGGGUUCGUCAGUGCCUCUCCAACUUUGCAGACAUCAAGACGGAGGGCUGGAUACACGCUGGCGUGUACCGCUUCUGGCUUGCAGGUCUCCGCCGUCUCGGUGGCACUGUCAAGCGUGACCAGGUUUCCAAGAUGCAGCCUCCCAUGGUCAUUGGCAUCAUCAACAUUCUCAACAGGCUCAAUUUCCAGUUUGUCAAGAGCAUCCCCCUGUCAAGCACUGCCGGCCGCGAUGUCUUCAUCUUUUGCUCGACUCCCGAGUCUGGUCUCAGCGCGCGGGACGCGUUUGGAACCGAAGGAUUCCUCGACACUGCCACGUCUGACGCCAUUGCGGCGGUGGUCCCCUUCUCAGGCUUGGGUUCGACGGAGACGACCCCGACAAAGUCUCGUGGCCGUGCAAUGAGUGUGCCCGACAUCCACGCGUCCUCGACUCCGCGUACAAAAGAUCGCCGACUGGUCACUCCGACCACCACAUCGACUGCCACAAACCAGACAGGCGCAACCAUAUACCACACGCCACCUGUUACCCCCGGAUCAACAACGCCACUCAUCCGCCGCUCGUCUCUCGAGGUCUGGGACAGGUCCGCCAGCGCCCAGCAGCGCCCGCUCCGUCGUGUCGAGUCGGCGGGCAACCUCGCCCCCAGCGUCCACUCGAACAGCAGCGUCAGCAUUCCCUUCCCGCUUGGAAUGGGAAUGGGACCGGCCCACCCUGCCGUCGCCCGUGCCGCUAGUCACAGCAGCAAGGCUUCUUCGUACUCUGGAAAGUCUCGGGCGUCUCAGCAAUCGGGACACAGCAGCAAUCACAGCCACAGCGGCUUCAGUCACCGGAGCAGCAGCCUCAGCCGGGGAAACUCACACCGCGGCCUGCCUAUCGGUACUGUCCUCUUGCUUCCUGGAGGCCAGACACAGACCAUGUCUGCGGAUCGCAGCGACCGUAGGCAUAGGGACAGCAAGGACAGGGCUACUCCAAUCGACCCGGAGCUGAGGACACCCGGUUCGCCCAUGCCGCUCGGAUUGGGCCCACCACCGCGUCCAUCUCCCAGGAAGAGCUCCAGCUCCGACAUCUCUACACAGGCUCAGCCAGACCAGAAGUAUCCACUCGACCUGCCCUCCGUCAUUGGUUUGGAGCAGGACUUCAAGGACAUGGGAAACACUGCCCCGCUUGUGCCGCACAUCAACGCCUACUCGCCCUCCCAGACUCGUCACCUGCGUCACGGCCGGUCGGUCUCGAGCCCGGCAAGCGCAAGCGCCAUCCCGAGCGAGGCGUGGGGCGCGGCGCGCCUCUCUCCCAAGCCGACCACGCAGGACGCCAGCGCCGUCUCCGCCCCCGCGCUGGGCGCCAACAUCCUCGCCCCGGCCCCCGCCGAUAGCAGCCGCCGUAACAGCGGCGCGCCGGGGACUCCCUCCACGCCCGGCGUUGUCCACAUGGUGUCUGGAUCGGGAACGGGCUCGUCGUCGACGUCCCUGUCGUCGCUCGCCUUUCCUACACCCACGGUCCGCCCUCGCAGCUCGGAGAUGGAGGAUGGCCGCGCGCGUUUCCCAUCCAUCGUGCUCGGAAACGUCAUCACCGGCUCGGCUAGCGCCAGCAUCAACAACAACGACCUCAGCAGGCACACCUCCCGCCAGGUCUCGAUGGGAAGCAUCGCCUCCACCUCGAGCACCGAGCGGCCCCUCCCCGGUCUGCCUGUCGCGGGCUCGGGCACGGGCACGGGUACUUGGACGCCGCCCAUCCCCCACCGCUCGCCGGCGCGCGCCGCCUCGCCGCCGCUGACGCUCGCGCACCCGCCCCUGCCGCUGCCGGCCCGCUCACCAGGCCGGACCGGGGCCAAGUCGCCCACCCUCCCGCCCAUGCCCAUCCCGCAGGGCAGCCUGCUGCACGACGUGCUCCGCGGCUCGGGCGCCGGGGUCGGGUCCGCCGCGUCCACCACCAGCCUCCUCUCCAAGGACGGCGCCAGUGCGGGCGCGAGUGCCGCUGUCAGUGUGCGCGCGGACAAGGGGUCGCGCACGCUCAACCACCGCGCGAGUCUUGCCGGGAGCGAGUUUUCCUUCAAGACCACGACGUCGACGGCGAGCUCGCGGCCGCCGGGCGUCGGCAGUGGGCGGACGAGGGUGAAGCUGAGCUUUCCGGAGAGCGGCAAGUGA